CGUAAUCCUAGGCCCGCAAGACUGUGGCAUUCUGGGAGUUGAAGUCCAGCUUUCAGGAAUCUGUUCAUGCUGUUGUUUUUAAAGCAGGACUGCUUGGACAGAUAUUUCACUGCCCAACAUCAUCAGUGCUGGAAGGGAGUGGAGACGGAGGAGGACCAUGGAUUCUAAUGCUCUCUGAGCUUGAUUUCCUUAUGGACAUUUCACGACCCAACUAGGUUGUGGGGUGGCCUGCUCUGCCCCCUGUCCCUCGGCUAACCCACCUCCUUUGUGUUCCUUUUGGGUAAGCGCAUCAUGAGCUUAAGAGCCUGUGGCUUGAUUAUCUUCAGGAGGUUACCCAAGGCAUGUGCUACUACAGCUGCGGACGGCCACGUUGAGUACCUCCUUCUGCAAACCUCAUAUGGCACCCAUCACUGGACACCCCCAAAAGGCCACGUGGACCCCGGGGAAGAUGACCUUCGCACAGCCCUGCGAGAGACCCAGGAAGAGGCUGGGCUGACCUCCGUCCAGUUCACCAUCCUGGAAGGCUUUAAGAAGGAACUGAAUUACGUUGUCAGAGGCAAACCCAAAACGGUGGUCUACUGGCUGGCCGAGCUGAAGGACCAGGACACGGAGGUCAAGCUUUCUUCAGAGCACCAGGCCUUCCGCUGGCUGACCCUCACUGAGGCCUGCAGACUUGCCGAGUACGAGGACAUGCAAGGCACCCUCCGAGAGGCUCAUCUCUUCCUCUCUGCCAAAGAAUAAACUUCCUCCCGUGGGAAUAUUUGGG